AUGCAAGUGUUCAGGCGUAAUACCGCUUCUGUGUUGCGCAAUGCUGUCCUUUGCCAGCGCCGUGGUCUCAUAACCUCGACUGUUGGAUACGCAGCCACGGCGGACAACCUUCGGAUCAACAGCGAUACAAAAGUCAUCUACCAAGGGUUUACUGGGAAGCAGGGAACAUUCCACGCCCAGCAAGCCAUUGACUAUGGAACAAAUGUGGUCGGCGGAACAAAUCCUAAAAAGGCCGGACAAACGCAUCUUGGGAAGCCAGUAUUCGCCACGGUGAGGGAUGCUGUGAAAGAAACUGGCGCAACCGCAUCUGCCAUCUUUGUCCCUCCUCCAUUAGCUGCCAAGAGUAUCGAAGAAGCAAUUGAAUCCGAAGUUCCUCUUGUUGUUUGGUUCGUUCCCCAUACGGCUUUCCAUCAGUAG